AUGUGGCUUCUGCUGCUUCUCUUGGGUCUAACUCAAGCAGCUGAUGAGCGGCUGGUGCUGAGGAACGGCUCUAACCCCUGUGCAGGAGUCCCACAGGUCUACUAUGUCGACAAGUGGGGCUUCGUGGGUUCUUCUUCUCUCACGGACAAAGAGAAGUCAGUGGCGUGCAGGAGCGCCCUCUGUGGUGACCUGCAGCACAGCGAGGAGCUGCUGCGACCUCACGGCAACCCCUCCUGGAUGAACCAGCUGCAGUGUCAGGGUGACGAGCAACAACUGCAGAAGUGCAACUUCUCCCAAUGGACCAUGACGGCUUCUGCACCACCCACCACCUCCAAGAUCACCUGUUCCCGUGAGACACCGGAAACCCUGACCUCUGACCUCUGA